CGCCCCGCCCUCGCCCCGCCCCGCCCCUCUCCCCUUAAGUUCCCGCAGGCCUCGGGGGCCGCCGGGGCCUGGCUACGCGUUCCCCGCUGGAGCUUUCCGGCACGGGCCCGUGGGACGUUGGCGGGGUUGCGCUGAGGGGCGUAAGAGGUGUCUGUCCACCUCCUAAGCCCGCCUCGGGUCGCGAUGUCGUCCGGGGCUGGGUCUCGGCGGCCGCGGGAGCCGCCGGAGCACGAGCUGCAGCGGCGGCGGGAGCAGAAACGGCGGCGGCACGACGCGCAGCAGCUGCAGCAGCUCAAGCACCUGGAGUCCUUUUACGAGAAACCUCCCCCCGGGUUUAUUAAGGAGGAUGAGACGAAGCCAGAAGACUGUAUACCAGACGUGCCCGGCAAUGAGCACGCCAGGGAGUUUCUGGCUCAUGCUCCGACUAAAGGACUUUGGAUGCCGCUGGGGAGAGAGGUCAAAGUUAUGCAGUGUUGGCGUUGCAAACGGUAUGGCCAUCGAACAGGCGACAAAGAAUGCCCUUUCUUUAUCAAAGGCAACCAGAAGUUAGAGCAGUUCCGUGUUGCACAUGAAGAUCCCAUGUAUGACAUCAUUCGAGAGAAUAAAAGACAUGAAAAGGAUGUAAGUUCUUCAGCCAGAGAUGCAGAGGCUGAUGCGCUGUCGACACACUGUGCCUGUAACUGCCGCUAGGAGAAGCUGGGCAGAGAGGAUAUUGGCUUCUUGACAAGAUACGUGGUGGUUUGGAAGAACUCCAGUGUAAACCAAGUAUGUCUCCAGAUCAGAUGGUAGGUUACAAGUAUCAUUUAGUUAAAGAGAAAAAAAGCUUAAAUAUUUAAAAACAUACAAGACAACCAGUCCUCUGUAGCAAUCUAUAAAAUCUGCUUAAAAUGCACCUGUUUAUCUAUUUACUUGUGUGUUAUGGGUGCAUUUAUGUCUGUGCACCACUUGGACGCAUCUCCUUUGGACAACCUGUCAAGGAAAAUGUAUUCAAAAGGCAAGCAAACCUCCUGGUCAGAGAUACAGACAGCAGACCACGAGACUGAAAGAGUACUGAAGGGCCAAAGCCAGCUUUUAUUCUGUUGACGAAAAUAAUACUCUUCGGUGACAAUGACGAUGAGGAUGGUGGUGAGGAGGAGGGAGAGGAGGAUGGUAAGUCUUAGAAUAGUUCCACCUUUCGUCUAGGGCAAUGUACUAUACACUUCUCAUCAUCUUAAAAAGUUGAGAUGUUUUUCCAAAUAGACACAAAGUAAAGACUAAUUAAAAAUCUGGUAAUAAACACAAAUUAUCAGAACCUCCAAGAAAACCACCCAGAAUAAGAAUCUAAGUAGAGGAAACCAGAAGGUUCCAUGUGUGUUUCCUUCACAGGAUGGCCAAGGGCAGUGGACUGGGAUAGCCAGGCUGUUUGUCAGCACAGGCCUUGGCCCCAGCUUGUCUGAUUAUUAAAUCAGAGACUGGUUUUUGUUUUGUUUGGGGGGGAGGGGCAUUGAAUUGGCUGAUUUUGUGUGUCAAUUUGACAAAAGCUACAAUCAUCAGAGAGGAAGAAGCCUUAGUUAAGGAAAUGCCUCCUCCAUGAGAUCUGAGAUCUAACUGUAAGGCACUUUCUUAAUUAGUGAUCAAUGGGGGAGGGCUCAGCCCAUCCUAUAGAGUGAGUUCCAGGACAACCAGGGUUACACAAAGAAACCUUGUCUCAACACCUACCAAACAAAGCAGGUUCUGGGGCCAGAUAUGGGACUGCCAUGCCUUUAAUCCCAGUGCUCAGGGGCAGAGGCAGGUGGAUCUCUGGUCCAUCCUGGGCUAGGUUCUAUAAGAAGGCAGGCUGAGUGAGCCAGGGAAACAAGUCAGUAAGCAGCACCCAUCCAUGGCCUCUGCGUCAGCUCCUGCCUCCAGGGCCCAGCCCUGUGAGUUCCUGUCCUGCCUUCCUUCAAUGAUGAAGUUCUGUGGAAAUGCAAGCCAUUCAAUAAACCCUUUCCUCCCCAAUUUGCUUUUUGUCAUGGUAUUUUGUCACAGCAAUAGACAGUCACACCUAAGACAGUGAUGGUAUUUGGGAAAGGGUCUCACUGGAAAUCUGUAGAGCAGGCCUGUGUCAAUUCACAGAGAUCCACCUGCCUCAGCCCCUGGGCACUGGGAUUAAAGGCAUGUCAGUCCCAUACCUGGCCCCAGAACCUGCUUUGUUUGGCUGGUUUUGAGACAAGGUUUCUUUGUGUAGCCCUGACUGUACUGGAACUCACCCUAUAAAAAAGGCUGGCUUUGAACUCACGAGAUCUGCCUGCCUCUGCCUCCCAAGUGCUGGGACUAAAGGAGUGUACUGUGGUAACCAUCCUGAAGUUCAUCCUAAGUUUAAAACUAGUGUAAGACACGUAAAUACUUCAUCUAUAAACUGAAAAUCUUUCUCUAUAAAAUGUCCAUGGUUGUCUUUGACGAGCUGGCAAAUGUUCUGAACAAACUCAGAGCUCUGCUAACUGCUUUUAGUUUACUACUGAUUCUAUUUUUAGUUUACUAGCUGAUUCUGGUUUUUUGUUUGGAAAUCUGACACAAGCCACUUCCACGAUUAUGUGCUAACAUUCUCUCAAGUGCAGUUUCAUUCAGUGAAAAGCUAUUUACAAUGGGGAAAGUGAUACAGGAGGAGGGGUGACCAUGUCAGAAGAGGAACAGUUAGGAGGCCUGGCUUCCCAGUAAGGCUCCACCACUUAGCACUGUGACUCUAUCUCCUAGGCUUGGCUUCCUCAGUGAACAUGAAGAUGCAAACCGUUUACCCUACUUACCUUACGGAGCUGCUUUAAGGACAAAAUGUACAUCUACUUCCCAAAUUACUAUAGUGUUGAAUUUAUCAGAACUGCUAGCCUUUAAUUUUGGAAUUCAGUGUAAAUAAAUGUGUUAUUAGGUACAGUAUUUUUCUAUGUUGCCAAUAUCCAACCCCAGUACCGCAUUUCCUUCCUUUUCAAAAAAUUGUAAAAUCUAAGAUUUUUCUCCUUAAUUCUGAGUAACUUUACAGACUCCUAGACCCGACAGACCAUUUUACCUAAGCCUUUCAAAUACUCAGACUACAGACAUAAUCCAACUGUACCCAACAAGACGGUCUUUGUGUGAUAGGCAUGGGGGUGGGAGGGAGGACUUCAGAUAGUCUCACGUAGCCUAGGCUGGCCUUGAACUAUGCAGCCAAGGGUGACCUUAACCUUGACCUUGUCUACAAUUCUCAAGGUGCUAGAAUUAUAGGCACGGUAUCCUAAAACCCAGCCUUUAAAACAAUACAACAAGGGGGUAGAGAGGACUCAGAGGUUAAAAACAUUGUCUGCUCUUGCAGAGAACCCUGGUUUGAGUCCCAGCACUUAUAUGGUGAUUCACAACUGUCUGUAACUCCAGUUUAUGGUCUCUAAGGUCAUCAAGCACACACAUUUUACAGGCAUACAUGCAGGCAAAACACCCACACACUGAAAUUUUUUUAAUUAAAAAAAAAGUCUUCCAGUAUUAGGUAAUGAGCUUGGGGCCUCGUACUCUCUGGGCAAGAGCUCUAGCAGUGAACUAUAGCCCUGGGCUGCCCACUGUGGGCCUGUGGACGGGGCAGCAUCACUUCCAGGCAGGCAGACCUGGACUGCGUAAGGAGCUAGGUAAGCAUGGCCCUGCCGUGAGUGGCUCAUCAAGCAGCAUUUUUUCCAUGCUUUCUGCUGUGCUCACUUAGCUGUGAGCCAGUUCCCUGGUUAGGGUAAUGCUUCACGGAACUGCAAGCAGACCUGCCUUCUAACUCCAGCCCCGACUCUCAGUGAUGAGAACCCAUAAUCAAAACAAACCUUUCCUCUCUUACAUUGCUUCUGAUCUGCUUUAUCACAGCAACAGAAUGAAACUAGAAGUAGCCCUGGCUAGCUCAAACUGAGGACCACUUGUAAGCACAGCCUCAAAAGGUGGUGUCAGCACUGAAGGGAGGUAAUCACUUAAAAUGAUCUUAAACAUGCUAUGCAUUUACCUAUAUAAUAAUAAAGAAGAGAAGACAAAAGGGAGAAGGAUGAUUUGAACUGAAAGGAACAGCAAACUAGGCCUGGGAUGUAGCUCAGCCGGUAGAGGGCUUGCCUAGGAUGCUUAAAACCCAGGGUCUGAUCCCCAGCAGCUGGACAAUCAGAAGUCCAAGGUCAUUUUCCCUACACGGGAACUCUAGACCAGGCUAGGCCAUCUGAAAUCUUGUCUAAACAACAAGCAAACAAAGGGUGAGUGCUCACUGGAAAACACAAAAGCAAGAGAAGAAGAGUUCUUCUACCAAGGAAAAUACACAGCAAUUUAAAAUCAUCUCAAGAAUAUUAAAAAGCUUCAUAAGGUAGGUAUGGAAGCACACUCCUAUAAUCCCAGGACUUAGUUUAUUUUUAAAACCGUAUGUGGGAUGUGGCACUCACAUGCCUAGGAAGUCGGUUCUGUCCUCCUAACCUUGUGUCUUGGGGAUUGACUGGUCUGGGGAUGUCAGACUUAGUGGCUGGAGCCUUUACAUACUGAGCCAUCUCACCAGCCUGGUCCCAGUGCUCGGGAGGUAGAAACAGAAAGAGCUGGAGUUCAAGAUUCUCUCCAGUCAUGCUGUAAAUCCGAGGUUAGCCUGGGUUACUCUCCUGUCUCCCAUGUGUUCAUAAAGGGAUGUAAUAUGUACAACAAUUGCCCAGCAUGUCCAAGACUCCAGGUUUGAUCUUCUAGCCCCCAAGGGGGAAACCAAACAGUGCAGUCUACCUAACCCCUAUCUAUGUGUUGGCUAAUGAGCCACGAAUUCAAAUUCGAAGUCACAGAACAGUGUCUUCCAGCCGGAGAACCCAGUGUAGAGUCUGUACAUUUUUACUACAACACGGUUCUCAUACAUGUGAGCGAAAACACUCAUCUACAAACCUCUUAUCACACGGCCACCCCUCCCUGGUGAGAGUUAAUAGAGGAUAUGAAGGAAUCUCCUUUUGCCUACAGAACGGUAGGUUAAUCGCUUUAGCUACGUAGUGAACUACCACUAGGAAAGCGGCAUUUUACCUGCUUAAGGAAGCGGUCAGAGGCGUGGCUGUGCUUGGCUAACACGCCUGGCAGAGAAGGAUUGGCGUACUCAAACUGAGGGUUGUAAGUGUAGUCAGACUUGAAGAACCUCAGCUUUUCCUUCUCCAGGUUGAUGGGCUUUAUAGCGGUCAAUAUACAGAGCUUUUUCCCAGAAAAGUCAUCUCCUUUCUCAAAGCUUCUGCACAGCUGAGGCUGCUGCUUUGGCUUUGGAAGAGGGGUCAGGUUGCGCCGUUUGACCUUGUUUUUCGGUUUGGGUGGCAGUGCGAGGCCGCUUCCUGUAACAGAGAUAUCACGGGUAAACUUUACAGGACUUGGUACUGAACUAGUGACAAGAACAGCAGACUGCCUGUCUAGGCAGUACCAAGUACCGGUGCUUGUCACAGGCACCAGGGCUGGCGUCCUGCUAGGAUCUUUGCUAUGAGAGGAACUAGGAGAUUUGCUGGGCUUUCUAUGUUGUUUGGAGUGGGCAGAGGAAAACCGCUUUUGUGAAUGGUGCUUUCUCUCCUCCUUGCUCUGAAGUAGAACAUUGUAACUACUGGUUCCAGUUGUGAAAGUGUCCUUGAGAACUCCAGAGGACAGAUUGGAAAAGCUUCUCUUGCUGUCAAUGGUCAAUGCCUCUUCUGCACUUAGAACAAACUUCUUAGCAAGUUCAUGCUCAGGCCAGUGAAGCUUUUCUGUGAUAACAAACAAAACCAAACAGAGAAACAACAGAGAUGCCAGAUGAAGCACACUGCGGGUUAAAUGGAAACUUCCCUGAAGCCCUGCGAACCCUAUAAACUAGCAAACAUCUUUAGAACGGCUACUUCAGGCAUUAACAGGGCACAUUACUGUGCUAACAUAAAUUAUCCAUUGACAUGCUCAGCUUCAAUCCACACCUGUGGUGGAGUCUAGUAAAAUGAAAUCACGAACAGAAAUGCUCUGAAUGCCUCAUUACUGUGAGCUUAACAAGGACAGAUUGUAAGGACACCAGAUCACCCUCCAAGACUUUCGAAGUUAAUACAAGCUUGACAUUUGCAACUCUACAGAGUAAGCGUGCUGUGGGUGCUACCUCACACCUGUAGUCAGAACUCAAGAAACAGAAGCAACCUGUUCUAACUACUGAGUGCUAACCCAGAGUUGCACAGCAAGACCUUAAUUAUCUUAAAACAAGCUAGCUGGGUGUGGUGUCAAAUGCUUUUAAUCCUAGCACUAGUGAGGCAAAGGCAGGAGGAUCUCUGAGUUCAAGACCAGUUCCAGGAUCAAGUUCCAGGAAAGCUAGCGCUACAGAGACAAAAAGUUAAGACAAAACAACCAUCCCCAACCCCCACCAAAUCUCAAAAGUACAAACACAACAGUACUUUUCUACCUUAAAACAUUUUUAAGAUUCCAGAAAUGAUAGCUGGGUGCAGUGUACAUGCCUUUAAUCCCAGCAGUGGGAAGCAGAGGAUGUGUAUAAGUUUGAGACAGCCUAGGCUACAGUAAGUUCCAUGUCAGCCAGAGCUACACAGUGAGACACUGUUUAAAAACACAAUCAACUGGUAAUAUAUGUGUAUAUAAGCAUGUUCGGUAAGGUCAGUCACUAUUAACAAUGUGUAUAUAAGCAUGUUCGGUAAGGUCAGUCACUAUUAACAAUGUAUGUGUAAGCAUGUUCGGUAAGGUCAGUCACUAUUGAUAACUGGUUAAGAGCUGAGACUGCAGCUUGGUGAUGGAAUGUUUGCUGUUUUCCCAGCACUAAUAUUGUGUAUGGGGGCAGGGGGUAGCACAUGCCUGUAAUCUCCAAACUUGAAAGGUAAGAAGCAGGAGAAUCGGGGGCUGGGGAUUUAGCUCAGUGGUAGAGCGCUUACCUAGGAAGCGCAAGGCCCUGGGUUCGGUCCCCAGCUCCGAAAAAAAGAACCAAAAAAAAAAAAAAAAAAAAAAAAAAAGAAGCAGGAGAAUCAGGGUUGGGGAUUUAGCUCAGUGGUAGAGCGCUUACCUAGGAAGCGCAAGGCCCUGGGUUCGGUCCCCAGCUCCAAAAAAAAAAGAACCAAAAAAAAAAAAAAAAAAAAAAAAGAAGCAGGAGAAUCAGAAUUAAACGUAGCCGUGUACUCUUAGACCAGUUUGGGCUAAUGAGAUGAUGUUGCCAAAAAAUGAAAAUACAUAUACUUACUAUCACAACAGUGUCAGUACAUUGCGUGGCAAGCUGGGGACUUUGUCUCUGGGCCUUGCCAAUGCUAUGGACAGUUAGAAGUUGCACAGACUGCUUGCUCACGCACUAGCUUCAACGCUGUGAGCUGUUGGGUGGCUCACCAGGAACUCCCGCCUCUCAGAGAUGGAAGCAGGAGGGUCAAGAGUCCAAGAUUAUCCUUACCUACACAGCAGAGCUCGAGGGUAGACUGGGUACAUGGGACCCUGUCUCGAAAACUUAGUUUCUGUCCUUUAGAAUUUUUCAUUCCACAAAUGGAUAGUGUAUUUGGCACAUGUCUCCAAUAAGCAUCUCUAUAAACACAUACUUGAGUUGUUUCUGUGCAGUCUGCUUCUCCCCACUAGCACUAGGGAUGGGCCCAUGGCCUCCCACACCCUAGGUAACCACUCUUCCAGUUAGCUACGACCCAGUCCUACCACUGACUUCUGCUCUGAAGCCUUUUAAUAAAACAGCACAGCACAUGGUUAAGAGAGUCCUCAUGGUCAUCACACAGGGCAGACUCCUUAUGAGCAGUCUAGGACAUCCUUCUUAUAGGACAGUUUCUUGUAUGAUGGAGAACUACCAUCACGUCAGAGUAGAGCAAGGUGUGGUCACUUGGUAGCCCAGGCUGGCCUAGAACCCCUUGAUCCUCUUCUCCAAGUGCUGGGAUUAUAGGUGUGUGCCACCGUGGCUAGAAAAAUGUCAGUCCAGAAGUUUAGGAUUUGGGGUGAAGAAACAAUACCAGGUCAAAGGUAGAUAACAGAAAUUCUAAGUAUGUAAGAUACCUAAAGCCCUUUAAGCAAAAUUUCUUGCCUACAGUCCAGUACUCACUGGACAAGUGAGGACGGGAGGGUCAAGUCACUUUGUCAACAUAGCAAGUGUAAGGCCAGCCUGCAUUGUGUGAGGCCCUCUCUCAAGAAAACAAAAAACAAAACCGAACUUUCUUAGACAGCAGGUGAAAGUUUAAUUCUAGUGUCUAAAGGAUAAUGUAAAAGUAUGAACUUGUAAGGGCCAAAUGUAACUAGAUGCGAAUUAAGAGGUGGCGGGGCCGGAGGGAUGGCUGCUCUUACAGAAGACGUGGCUUCAUAUCCAGCACCCAGAUGGCAGCUCACAGCGAUCUGUAACUCCAAUCUCAGGGGAUGGGAUGCCCUCAUCUGCCCUCCACGGGCAAGAGGCAUCCACAUGGUAACCAAACAUGCACGCAGGCAAAAUGCCCAUACACAUAAAAUAAAAUAAAAUAAAAUAAAAUAAAAUAAAAUAAAGUAGAUGUAGCAGUUUAGAUUUUACCGGGUCAUAUUGAAGAUGAACUGUACAAAGAAGUCACGUAAGAUGUUAAAGAUUUAACCAGCCCAAAGUAGGAGGAGGAAUAAUAUUUUCAUCACAGGCUGGCUGGGAACAGUUUCUCAGGAGGCCCAGACUUUGGUGUCCCCCAGAGACACUCAAACUGGGCUGGCAGAGCAAACGAGCAGGAGAUCACAGAACAUGGGCAGUGCUCCAAAGGCCAGGAACAAGGUCAACAUCCUUUAAAGGACACAAGUUCAAGAGAUUAAAAAGUCACCAUGAAAGACAAUGAAACAGACACUACAGGAAAGCAGAGGGCAGAGGUAAGAAUGUGGGGACCGACUCGGGAGUGCCCUGAAACAGAAAAGGGAAGCAACCCAAUUAUUUUCCCAUUUCACCUUCACAGAAUCAAGUAAACAAAACAUUUUAAGAACCAAUUAAUAAAAAUUACUCUGAAAACUUCCUAUGUUUAUAGUUUAUUGCCUAUAUUUUGUGCUGAUUUUUAUUACUUUAUUGUUUGAGACAACCCAAAACUCAUUAUACAACCCUGGCUAGCAUUCUCCCACCUCAGCCCAACUGCUGGGAUAACUGAGGUAGGUGGCCAUGCAUAGCUAUGCUCAAUUUUUAAGAGGUGAAUAUUUAAUGUAAAAAUGGGUUGAUUUUCAAAACUUAUAGUACUCUUAAGACCAAAGGGCUCACUGAUUUAUUUAGUCAAAAGCACCAAGGCCAUCCAAACGAAAGCCCAUUGAGGCUGGAUGUAGUGGUUCACAACUUUACCCCAGGACUCUCAAAGCAGAGGCAGGUGGAUUUCCUAAAUUCAAGAGGAGCCUAGUCUACAUACUGAGUUCCAGGUCAGUCAGGACCACACGCUGAGACUCUGUCUAAAACAAAAACAAUACAACCUUAUACAUUGCUCAGAGUACUUUUUAAGUAGCCCUGAGGCUGCAGGUGUACCCUACCUUACAGGGCUGGGAUGAAGCCCUGGAUUCAGUCCCCCAGCACCGGAUGGAGUCAGUACGAUCAUUAGUUCAAGGCUAUCCUAAGUGUUCAGUGUUGGAGCUGAGCUUAGGCCUCAAAGACCAAAUCAAAACAACAAACACUGAAAAACUAACGCUCUCACCCUGCCCCUUUGAGUCCACACCCAGACUUGAGUAUGUCUUACUUCCCAUGGCUCUACUUUGAGAAGCCAUACAUGCUUUCUUGGGUAUGCCUGGCUUCUGUCUCAGUGCCUCUCUUACCCUUGUUUUUAGGCCUAAAUCAAAACAUCUUUAUUUAGCCCAGUCCUGGGAGGAGGGUACCUGGGAGGAGAAGGUAGUUGUAAAUGCAAAUGAUCAAGUGCACACGAUUAACGUGCAGAAUCACGAAGAAUAAUCCAAAGAUAGAGUAUUAAAAACAACAAUCUUGACUACAAAAAUAAGUCCUGCCAAAAUCUCCCUGGAGGAGUAGGGAGUAGCAGAGGGUGCCCAACAGACCUCUCUCCCCAGGAUCCCGCAUUUCACUUCACUUGUUAAAGUCUGCUUGAGGCCUCAUCCAUCUGUGUGAAAGUCUCCCAGGGAUGGUGAGGCCAGUGCUGUCACAAUUUAUGUCCCAGUCACUGUAAUCCUAGUUCGGCUAUAUUAAAUGGUGCAGAGCUGUUUGCGGUGGCUCAUACGGCUAAUCCCAGUACUUGGGAGGCUAAGACAGAAGUAUCGUCAUGAGUCAAAAGUGAGACCGAGCUACAGAGCAAGAAUCUGUGCUUCAAAACCCAAAUAGAAGUUAUAACAAGAGCCAUCAAGAUGGCUCAGAGGGUACUUACCGUCAGUCCGGUCAACCUGAGUCGUAAGACUGGAAACCACAUGGUGGAGAGGCACAGUGACUCUCACAAGUUAUCCCUACUUCCAGAGCACUUCAAUCACUCACAACUCUUUUAUUAAAAACUUGGAGUGCCUGGCUGAGGAGUUCAUACACCCUCAGGAAGACCCUACUACUGUUUCUUUGCUAAGUGGACAUAGCAUCAAACCGUGAACAAAUAUGCGUCCUUACACCCAUAGAUCGUGCAGCCCGCUGCUCUUCAUGAGGUAGACUCGGUUAACCCAGAGAGCCAGCCUCUUCAGAGUGACUGUGGACUCCUCGUCGGCUGUGCCAUCCCCUACUUCCAGGGCCCAGGUAACAGCACAGAAGAGGAGGUGAAAGGUCAUUGGAGCCAGAAAGUAGGGAAGGUGCUGUGAAGUGGUGUUUUCCAGACACAGGAGGGAGGGCUGGGAGCCAGCAACUCACAGUAGCUAUGGCUGCUUGCACAAACUCAAGCCAACAAUGGUUGCCAGAGAAGAGAGACCCUUUUCUUAGUGGUCACUGAUAAGGGGACGAGUAGUAGCUGAGCAGAAGGCUGGCCUCAGGAGAAGGGGAGUUGGGGAGAGGAUGCGGAAGGGAGAAGGUAUGCACGUUGGAAACCCGUUGUACACAGGCUAACUAGGCUAACCAAACAUUUUAAAAGGCAAAUAGUAUUAUUACAUUAAAAUUGCUCCUCAUGGGAUGGGGGGAGGGGUUGUGGAGGGUUAACUGGGAAGGGAGAUAUCAUUUGAGAUGUAAACAAAUGGAUUGAUCAAUAAAAAAUAAAAUAAGAAAAAAUAAUAGGAAAGAAAGAAAAUUGCUUCUCAGCAUUAGCACUGUGAUAAAGACACUGAAUUUGCCAAUAGGACAAAAGCUUCGUAUGAAUCUAGAACAGGAGAAGAGGACACUCAGACUCCUGGCUUCUCCCCAGCUCUAUCAAGGACUCUCUGUAACAGCCUAAUCUUCAAACCCAUCAGGGCUCUUGUUCCUAUCUAAAGCAUGGAGGAGAACGGACUCUCAGUAAACAAGCAGUUCACUGCUGGGAAUGGCUUAGGUUUCUGAAAAGUUAUAACGUCUAACUAGAAACCAGACCAGCAAAAACAACACCUGGUGGAAAAAUACCGGCCAACAAACUUUGGCCUACAAAACUGUGUGUCUCUCUUUUCUUUUUGUUUUUCUGUUCUGAGUUUAUCUUUCUUCCUUUCUUGUUUUUGGUUCAGCGUCUUGUUACUUUGUUUUUAGCGUGUCUUUCUGUGUGUGUCCAGUGAAUGGAUGCCACUUGUGCACAGGUGCCUUCAGAUGCCAGGAGAGAUGGUCCAGUCUCUUGGAGCCAGUUCCUGGUCCUUGUGAGUACAUGGUUACUGAACUCUUGUCCUCCAAAAAGGGGCAAGUGCUCUCAACUGCUGAGCCAUCUCUCCACCCCCAAACCCCAUCAUGCACACUACCCAGCUCCCCCUGCCCCAGCUGACAACCGAACCCCAGGGCCUUGCACUUGGCAAUCGCUCUAUCACUGAGCUAAAUCCCCAAACUACCACCAUCCCCCCCCUUUUUUUUUCAGGAUACAAAGCCUCUCUGUUUGGCCCUGGCUGGCCUGGAAUUCUAUGUAGACCAGGCUGGCCUAUAUAACACGGAGAGCUGUCUCUGAGUACAGUUCUGGGUUUUGAACUGAGGGUCUUGUAUAUGCUAACUAGCUGGUAUGCCACUUAGCUGUACUCGCAGCCAAAUGAAAAUCUCAUGAUGCUCUAGUACUUAUAAAACUUGACAACUUGGGUUAAUGUUGCAAAAGGAUGCCUGACUGCAGGAAUAUAAAACAGAACUAAACAAAAACUCGUAAUGUCCAAAGAGAAACACUUUAAUGUUAUAGAGGAUUUCAUCUCUUAAGCUCAGAUGAUAUCUACCGACAGUAGAAAGGAUUAUUAACUUAUCAGAACCCCAGAGAAUUGUGCAAUGAAAAUAAAGCUGAAGUUAUAGGUGCCAGUGCUGAGGACCACCAGACAGUGUUGACUAAUGGAAGCCACGUCAAAGGAGGGCAUGGCCACAUUUAUAUGUAGUUCACAAACAGCAAAGCUAGCUCCUGUGCUUUUGCUUGUAAUGCCAGCAUUUAGGGGAGGCUGAGACAAGGGGUCAGCCUGGGCUACACAGUGAGUUCCAAGCCAAUCUGGGCUAGAAUGAGAACCUAUCUAAAAAACAACACUGGCAAAAAGAAAAUAAGAGACCAACACUCAAGGGACCAAAUUCUCUACACUUUCUUCUCAAGGAUUUCCCUCCUUAGGCCACCUAUCUGUUCCCCUUUCAUAAGCAGAGAGGAGAGCAAACUAAUUGUAAGCAGCUCUAUUCUACACUGCUUUCAGAGUCUUGCUGUUGGGAAGGCCGUCAAUACAAAAAAAUAUAGAACUGCAACCGUGACAAUGACAUCAAGGUGUCAGGAGAGUCUGGUACGAAGGGAGAACCACCUGUCCUGCUAUGUGCUUUCUGAUGAUGGAUACGUAGCUAUUAGUCAACCAUCCCAGGAGAAGGGGCAGACCUAGGGAGAGAAGGAUGCUCUGAGGACUGGCCACACAAAGCGGGAGGUUAGAUGGGUGUGGGAGAUGAGGCUGGAGUCACAGCAGACAGAGUUCUCUCCUAACGCCGGGGAAGGAUUUGUGUCUGUGUGAGUCAUAGUCAAUGAUCUCGUCACCACCAUCAGGGCUGAUGUGCUUACAGACCCCCAACCACAGAAGCAACAAAAAACAAGACUCUUGUUAGGAUUGGCGAGAUGCUCCAUGGGUAAAGGUGCUUGCUGCUAAGUCAAUUCACCAAGUAGAAGGUGAGAACUGAAUCCAGAAACUCAUGCUCUGACCUUCACACAUGUGCUUAUCACCCCAACUCCCUCACACACAUACAGUCUCACUAGGGUGACAGACACUGAGUUACUCUCCACACGGACUCUGGAGUACACGCUCAGCAUGGCAGGGCAGCUCAUACCUGCAAACCUAGCACUUGGGAGGUAAAGGAGGAGCUCCAACCGAGGCCAACAGGGGCUACAUGGUGAGACUCUGUUUCUAAAAACUGAAAUGAAACCAAGCAUGGCUGGCCCGGGCCUUUACACCCAGCACUCUGGAGGCUGAGGCAGCAGAUCUCACAGAACAAAAACUAAAAGCAAAAAUAAAUAAAUAGAUAGAUAAAUAGAUAGACAGACAGACAGACAGUAAAAUGAUCACACCACGUACUGGGACACUGGGAUUACAUGUGCAAACCACAAUGCUAAGAUUCUGAGAGUUUUGUUUUUUGAGACAGGGUCUCAGAGUUCCCAGAUUGGCCCCAAAGUCAUAUGUAGCUAAGGCUACCCAUGAACUCCGGAUCUUCCAAACCCUGAGAUUACAGGUGCAGCCAUCAUGCAGAGCUGCUUGUCUGAAGCUUAAUGGAAAAGAACAUAAUCCCAGAAAGACAUAAGACUCUGACACGGCUAGGUGUGGUUCCUUAUGAGAUCCUGGACAUAGGAUUGCUAUGAGCUCCACAGCAGUCACAACUACAAAGUGAGCAGUGUGUCUAAAAGGGGAGGAGGAGGGGGGAGGGAGGAGGGGGAGGGGUUAUAAGAGGUGAGCUAGGUAUGGUGUUGCAACCUGUAAUCCCAGCACUCAGGAGACUAAGCCAAGAGGCCACUCGGUGCAAUGCAGAAAAAAGCAGGAAGAAAGAGACAAGGGAGCAAGGAACAGAGGGAGGAGUGAGGGAGGAAAGUAAACCUUUUCUCAUUUGAUGCCAUUUCUAAGCCAAUAUACAUUUUUUCUAUAGCUUCCACUUCUGUCACCUCGCCCUCCAGUCAGCAGUCACUAGGAUGUCACGUCUAGAUCAUAGAACAUCAUGACUAAGUAAAACUCGGGUACCAUACAAAGUAAUUUUACAAACAACUGCCUCAGUUUUGGAACAUAAAAUACCACUUUGUUGUACAUUCACAGCUUUUUACCCCACUUGAACUUCUGACUCUCCUACCUCCAGAUCUUGAGUGGUUGGGUUCUAAGUGUGCACUGCUGGGCACCAGGGGCAGGGUUUCUUGCAUGCUAGGCAAGCACUCUCUCGACCGGGCCACAUGCCCAGUGUCCAGCCCCUUUACGUUAUGUUGGAAUAGGCACUCAGUAAGUUACCCAGGAGGACCUUGAACUUGCCGUCUCUCUGCUGCAGCUUCCCAGUAGCUAGGGUUACAGGCCCAUGUCACCAGGCUGCCGUAUUUAUUGCUAUUUCAAAGCAAAAAGGAAAAAGGAUCAUAUUUUCAUCAGUAUUCUUAUCCCAGUCAAGUUCUAUUGGAAGAAAGCAAGCAUCUGAAACACUGCAGAGUGCAGGAGAGUCUGGGUAGCACAGGGUGUGUUUCUCAGCUACUCUCAUCAUUCGGUUCGGUUGUCCCAUUGAUUGACUGACAUUUCAGCAAGAAGCCUGACCAACAGGAAGAGUCUGCGUAAUAAAUGAAUAAUAAUAACAAUGAUGAAAAUCACUUUGUAACAGUGGCGAAUGUUUAAGAACACCAGAGACAAGUUCCUAAGGCUAGUAUUUCACCUAGAUCACCUGUAGAUCACCUACAUCAGAAAAUGGUUUGGCACAUGAACUCCACUCAAUUCUGGGCAAAGAACUAGUUAACAAGAGUAGGUGUUCAGUUAAAAAGAACCCAUCCUCAAACCCCUAACUCUGCAGGAAUACGGUUAUGUUUUAAUCAGAUACCAUACUAAUAUUUUAAUCAUAUUCUCACUACAAUGACUUUCAGUUUGGGGGGGUAUUUUAAUCGGUGUAGUUUCUAAACCCGGUGAGUCGUAUGGGCUACAGAAUCUAUUUUCUUGCAUGCAGUGUUUUUAACUGGAAGACAGGGAGAGUACUUUGCCACCCACAGGGCAUUUUUGGUUGUCACAAUUCUCUGUGUUAAAAUACGGUUGCUCACAAUAAAGAAUUAACUUUUCCAAUAUUAAACUGCUGAAGUUGAGAAGCCUUGUUCUAUAUCAUAAAAAGGACUGCAAGUUUUACAGGAAAUUCUUUUUUUUUUCCGGGGCUGGGGACCGAA